AUGGAUUUCAUGAGGCCAGAAACUGUACUAGACUUGGCAAACAUUCGUCAAUCUCUAGUCCGAAUGGAGGAUACUAUUGUGUUUGAUUUGAUCGAAAGAUCCCAAUUCUUUAGCUCACCAUCGGUAUAUGAGAAAAACAAGUUUAUCAUCCCCAAUUUUGACGGCACAUUCCUCGAUUGGGCACUAUUGCAAAUGGAAAUUGCUCAUUCACAAAUAAGGCGAUAUGAAGCUCCCGAUGAGACGCCAUUUUUCCCCAAUUUGAUCAAAGCACCAAUACUACCACCCAUCAACUACCCUAAAAUUCUCGCCUCAUAUUCGGAUGAAAUCAAUGUCAAUGAUGAGAUUAUGAAAUUUUACGUUGACGAUAUUGUGCCCAAAGUCAGUUGCAAAGAAGGUGAUCAAUUGGAAAACUUGGGGUCGGCGUCGACAUGUGACAUCGAGUGUUUGCAAGCAAUAUCAAGAAGAAUUCAUUUCGGUAAAUUUGUUGCCGAGGCAAAAUAUGUCCAUGAUAAGCCAUUGUACAUUAAGCUAAUUCUCGCAAGGGAUGUCAAGGGAAUUGAGGAGUCAAUAACGAAUAGUGCUGUGGAGGCCAAAAUUUUAGAACGAUUAGUGGUCAAAGCAGAAAGCUAUGGGGUUGAUCCAAGUUUGAAAUAUGGUACUAAUGUUCAAAGCAAAGUGAAACCUGAAGUCAUUGCUCAGUUGUAUAAGAAAUGGAUCAUUCCAUUGACGAAAAAAGUGGAGGUUGAUUACUUGUUGAGGAGAUUGGAGGAUGAAGAUCCAGAGAUAGUAGACAAGUAUAGAUAA